AUGGCCGAAGGAAACAACGACAACAACCAACCUCCGCUACCGCAAAUCCAGAAUGUUGUUCCACCACCGGAAGGAGUGUUCGUGCCUGAAGCACCUCCCGUUGUGCCGAAUAACGAAGCUAGCUUAGAGACAAGAAUUGCGUGGGAUGCUUGGACCCAUUCCGACUUCUUGUGUCGGAACCAAAUCUUGAAUGCUCUAGACGAUUCACUAUACAAUGUGUAUAGUGCAAUUAAGACCGCUAAGGAACUGUGGGAGUCCUUAGAAAAGAAGUACAGAACCGAAGAUGCCGGGUUGAAGAAAUUCAUCGUCGGACAGUUUUUGGACUUCAAAAUGUUGAGUGAAUCCUUCCAAGUCGCUGCAAUGAUCGAGAAGCUACCACUGCUAUGGAAGGAUUUUACGAAUUAUCUCAAGCACAAAUGCAAAGAAAUGGGGCUUGAAGAUUUUAUUGUGAGGUUAAGGAUCGAAGAAGAUAAGCUCAAGACCGAGUCAAAAACCUGCAAGCUGCAAAUGGAGGCUAAAACACAUCUUAUGGAACCAAACAUGCACGUUAACGAGAAAAUGAAGGUUCAAGGAACUAACUUGGUGGAAAAUCCUGAAGAAUGGUGGCUCGAUACGGGUGCAACCCGCCGCAUAUGCUCCAACAAAGAGUCGUUCUCCUCCUACACUCCAAUCAAUGGCCAAAAGGUGUUCAUGGGAAACUUUGCAACCUCGGGCAUUGUAGGCAUAGGAAAUGUUAUUUUGAAGCUCGCCUCCGGGAAGGAGCUCACUUUGGUGAAUGAACUGCACGUUCCGAACAUCCGUAAAAAUUUAAAUUCCGGAUCGCUGUAG